CUUUGGGAUGGGAGCUUUUCUUGCGAAAUAACUUGUAUGAUUUCGAGCUGCAACUAAACAAUCCGUGCAUUUAAGAGGUUGAGUUCCGUUAGUAUUACCUUAGUUGCUGCAGAGAUAUUCACACGGAAAGCAUUGUUAAAAAAAAUAACAAAAGCCAUGGAAGUCGAAACAAACAGUGGUGCUACCUCUAGUUCCACAAACCAAAAAAUUGAGUCAUCCCAAACUCCAGUGCUGAUUAUUUCCGAAAGACGUAGAGACACUCCUCGCACUAGGGGUAAAAAGAAGAAGGCUCCUCCUACUGAGGCUGCAGGGCAGCCCAAAAUCAGCACUAAAACAUUUCCAACGAUUCUAAGCAGAAUUCUGUUGAAAAGUAACACUCCACCUGUACUGCCACAUAACGAAAAUUUGUACACGAACCCCUUCACGCAAAAUCUGUGUUUCCUGUGCAUGGAGAAACCCGCCGAAAGGAAGCGCCUAUACCAUAUGUUCCUAUCGACGGAUAAGAAUCAUCGGGAGAACUACGACCGAGUAAAUGCCAUUUACAGCAAUCGAGCGGACAUCAAAGUCGUAAACCAAAUUUGCGUUGGUGCAAUCUGUGCACGGUCUCUGUACCGCAAAGUUCAAAAACACUUUAGCGAUGCUGUGUGGAACAAGCAAGGGAAUGUGUUCGAAGUGGAAAAGAUCGGAGAGAGAACCGUCUCUGCUGUGUCAGAUCAAGUAAAUAAGUUGCACAAUGAGGAAUUGGAAAAACUAUUUAAUUACAUAAAGUACUUGAGCAUUACAAAGAGCUGAGCAAAUACUACCUUUAACUAUCUGAAUUGUGAUAUAUUUUUUUACAUUAAAACUGCUUUA